AUGGCAAUAGUUGGCAUGGAUGUGAGUACACCAUACACCAUAUUCAGAGUUGAAUCAUUGAAAAACUUCUCUGGAGAAGCUCAAAUCGAGCGGAUAGAGCAGAUGGUCCAACUACAGAACUUCUUCUUUUUCAUUACUUCCAUGGUCGUGCCCCGUGGCACGGCAGCACCCGUACUAUUGAAAUGGUUCGUCAGUAGAGAUGUUCCCACUGGUGCCUCUUCUUCCAAUGGUACUAUAAUUCCUAUUCCUAUCCCUUUAUUCCCUUUUUUGGUCUAUCUACAUUUAAGGAAAUUCAUACGCUCCAUGGACAGAGCAAAAAGUGGAGUGUUGCACGCGAUAGGUCAGCGAAGCGUGAGCGGGCGCUCCGAAGUAAAGGCCAAACACUUCGGCCUAAGGGGAAUGAGCAACAAAAUGACAAGAUGAGGUGCCCCGGGCACCCCCAUAUAGAAAGAAGGGUCGAAGGUUUUGGGCCUGUAGCUUUCCCCGCCCCCCCCCCUCGUCGAGUGGUGCUUGUU